GUCGUUUGGAGCCGCGACGCUGAACAUGGCGCGUUCCUAGAAGCCGCUUUCGGCAUCAGUAGGCGGCGGCGUGUGGACUGGAAGCGUGGGGCGCAGGACGAGCUGACGCCGCUUCGUGUUGGAGCGUGGAAGCGGGAGAGCCGGGCCAUUCCGGACCGAACCAAACGGUUUCCAUGGAUCUCAAUAGUGCCAGUACUGUCGUUCUUCAGGUCUUAACACAGGCCACCAGUCAGGAUACUGCUGUGUUAAAACCAGCUGAGGAGCAGUUGAAACAGUGGGAGACGCAGCCAGGUUUCUAUUCAGUGUUGCUGAAUAUUUUCACAAACCACACUCUGGAUAUAAAUGUAAGGUGGCUUGCUGUGCUGUAUUUUAAAAAUGGAAUUGAUCGCUACUGGAGACGUGUAGCACCUCAUGCUCUCUCAGAGGAGGAGAAAUCUACAUUGCGUGCAGGGCUAAUCACCAACUUCAAUGAACCAAUAAACCAGAUUGCAACUCAGAUUGCCGUGCUGAUUGCAAAAGUUGCUCGAUUGGACUGUCCUAGACAGUGGCCUGAAUUGAUUCCCACUCUUAUAGAAUCUGUGAAAGUACAAGAUGAUCUUCGACAGCACAGAGCGUUGCUUACCUUUUAUCAUGUUACCAAGACCCUGGCGUCUAAACGACUGGCUGCUGAUAGAAAACUGUUUUAUGAUUUAGCUUCUGGAAUUUAUAGUUUUGCCUGCUCUCUGUGGAAUCACCACACAGACACAUUCCUUCAACAAGUUUCUUCUGGCAAUGAAGCUGCAGUUCUAAGUUCACUAGAACGAACUCUACUGUCAUUGAAAGUGCUGCGUAAGUUAACUGUUAAUGGAUUCGUGGAACCUCAUAAGAAUAUGGAGGUGAUGGGUUUUUUACAUGGAAUAUUUGAACGUCUAAAACAAUUUCUGGAGUGCAGUAGAAGUAUAGGUACAGAUAAUGUAUGUAGAGAUAGACUGGAAAAGACCAUCAUUCUUUUUACUAAAGUGCUUUUGGACUUCUUGGAUCAGCAUCCCUUUUCAUUUACUCCUCUAAUUCAGAGAUCACUGGAAUUUUCUGUAAGCUAUGUGUUUACAGAAGUUGGUGAAGGCGUUACAUUUGAACGAUUCAUUGUCCAGUGCAUGAAUCUUAUUAAGAUGAUUGUCAAAAAUUAUGCUUAUAAGCCAUCCAAAAACUUUGAAGAUAGCAGCCCUGAAACUCUUGAAGCUCAUAAGAUUAAGAUGACAUUCUUCACAUAUCCCACUUUGACAGAGAUAUGUAGAAGAUUAGUCUCUCAUUAUUUUCUGUUAACUGAAGAAGAACUGACAAUGUGGGAAGAAGACCCAGAAGGCUUUACAGUGGAAGAAACAGGAGGAGAUUCUUGGAAAUACAGUUUGAGGCCAUGCACUGAAGUAUUAUUUAUAGAUAUAUUCCAUGAAUAUAAUCAGACUCUUACUCCUGUACUUUUAGAAAUGAUGCAAACACUUCAAGGGCCCACUAACGUGGAAGAUAUGAAUGCACUGUUAAUCAAAGAUGCUGUGUAUAAUGCUGUUGGAUUAGCGGCUUAUGAGCUGUUUGACAGUGUUGAUUUUGAUCAGUGGUUUAAAAACCAGCUUCUUCCAGAAUUACAAGUCAUUCACAAUAGGUAUAAGCCAUUGCGACGCAGGGUGAUUUGGCUCAUUGGUCAGUGGAUUUCUGUGAAAUUCAAGUCUGACUUAAGACCCAUGUUAUAUGAGGCAAUUUGUAACUUGCUUCAGGAUCAAGACUUAGUGGUCCGUAUUGAAACAGCUACCACUCUGAAGUUAACUGUUGAUGAUUUUGAGUUUAGAACAGAUCAGUUUCUACCGUAUUUGGAAACCGUGUUCACACUACUCUUUCAGUUACUGCAGCAAGUUACAGAAUGUGACACAAAGAUGCAUGUUUUACAUGUCCUUUCUUGUGUGAUUGAAAGAGUCAACAUGCAGAUACGACCGUACGUAGGGUGUUUGGUACAGUAUUUGCCUCUUCUUUGGAAGCAGAGUGAAGAACACAAUAUGUUGAGGUGUGCUAUUCUGACAACACUUAUUCAUCUUGUUCAGGAUACCUGUUUUCUGUACCUGUCUUCUUCCUUGUUUUACUUCCUCUUUCUGAUGGAGCCCAUAAAUGCCAGUGGCAUUCUGCAAAAGGGAUUAGGAGCAGACAGCAAGAACCUGUACCCUUUCCUGCUCCCAGUUAUUCAACUGAGUACAGAUGUUUCCCAGCCUCCACAUGUUUAUCUUCUGGAAGAUGGUUUAGAAUUAUGGUUAGUGACUUUGGAAAACAGCCCAUGUAUUACACCAGAGUUACUUCGUAUAUUUCAGAAUAUGUCACCACUUCUAGAACUAAGUUCAGAAAGUCUCAGAACCUGCUUUAAGAUCAUCAAUGGUUAUAUCUUUUUAUCAUCAACAGAAUUUUUACAGACAUAUGCAGUAGGUCUAUGUCAGUCCUUUUGUGAACUGCUAAACGAAAUUACUACAGAAGGUCAAGUUCAAGUGUUAAAGGUUGUGGAAAAUGCCCUUAAAGUGAACCCAGUAUUAAGCCCGCAAAUGUUUCAACCAAUUCUACCCUGUGUUUUCAGAGGUAUUAUAGAAGGGGAGAGGUAUCCUGUAGUGAUGUCAACGUAUCUCGGCGUUAUGGGUCGAGUCCUGCUACAAAACACUAGUUUCUUCUCCUCACUACUUAAUGAGAUGGCACAUAAAUUUAAUCAGGAGAUGGACCAGCUUUUGGGAAAUAUGAUUGAAAUGUGGGUUGAUCGCAUGGACAAUAUUACCCAGCCUGAAAGAAGAAAACUUUCAGCUUUGGCUUUGCUUUCUCUUCUGCCAUCUGAUAAUAGUGUUAUCCAAGAUAAAUUCUGUGGGAUUAUAAACAUCUCAGUGGAGGGCCUACAUGAUGUUAUGACAGAAGAUCCUGAAACGGGAACUUAUAAAGACUGUAUGUUAAUGUCUCAUCUUGAAGAACCAAAAGUAACAGAAGAUGAAGAGCCACCCACAGAACAGGAUAAGAGGAAAAAGAUGCUGGCCCUGAAGGACCCCGUGCAUACCGUGUCACUGCAGCAGUUCAUCUACGAGAAGCUCAAGGCCCAGCAGGAGCUGCUGGGAGAGCAAGGCUUCCAGUCCCUCAUGGAAACGGUGGACACCGAGAUCGUCACCCAGCUACAGGAGUUUUUGCAGGGCUUCUGAGAGCACGUGACAUGUGGCUGAGAUGACCAGCCUGCCAUCUGUGUGUGAGAGCCUGCUGAGACGAUGGAGAAAUCCCUUGUGUAUUGAAAGAAAGAUGGGAAGACCACACGUUUUUUUACUACAAAAUUCAGCAAAUAAAUGUAAAUCCUGCAUAUCUAAAAUCACAAAACUAUUCCUCAAAAGAAUUUAAUUUUAUAUUUAUGAGGGCCCUGUGUUUACUAAAGAUAGAUUUGACAACAAUAGCUGCUUAGUUUCCUGUUAAGAGAAGAAACUGUUACCUUUUAAUCAUGUGCUCUUAACACUUGAGAAGAAGAAGGCUAAUGCCUGAGAUGUUUUUCUGCAACCAAAAUUAGUUAAAUUUGGCUGCCUUAUCCCUUUUUUAAGUUAAUGAGACUACAAGUUUGAAAAAUGGCAAAACUGUUCAGAUGAUGAAAUUACAAAAAUUUGUGUACCAGGCAAAAGAAUAUGAAUAGUGACAAAUAUACAUUACUGAGAUUAUCUUGCAAGGGAGUUGCUUUCAUCUGACAUAGAAAACAUGUUUUAUCAGACAAAUGCUUUUAUUUUCAUUCUAGUAAUUUGAUAUGGGAAUUAGUAAUGGGAUUUUUUUCUUGUGUUAUUUUCAGUAAUUACAUUUAGUCUUUAAAUGCACAUUGUAAGGCCCGCAGAUGUGAACCUGUGGUACUGCAGGGCCAGGUGGGAGACCUCUGGUCGUGAUUUGAUCCUAGUUCCUUUGUUAUCCCUGGAGGCCAGGAGCCCUGUGAACACUGACAGGAACCAGCAGCCACAGAUCCCCUGUGCUGCGAAAUGGCUGUGACAGGCUGUUCAGCACUUACCCAUCUCAGGUUCCUCAGUGCAGGGGUACAUCAGGGCCUCGAAGAUAUGGGUACACGUGGAGGACUCAGCAGCGAUCCCCAGGGUACCGACACUGAUGUGACAAGUCUUCCUUCCUUAUUCCUCUAACAUGCAGUACCAAAAACGGGGAAAAAGGAGAAAAUAAAGCCUUACUUUGUUUUACUUGCCAUUGACUGUAAGGAACGUUUAAAACAUUUUAAAGAAAAUACUCAAAAGCAAGGUUGGAAAAUGUCUGAUCUUUCUAUAGAAAGUUGGGUACAGUAUGUAACUGCAGGAAACCCACUGCCCUUUGUAAGUUGUGGAACCCAAAGCGUAUGGAAAUAUUUGAUGUUUUAAGCAAAAGAAAGAAAAUAUGGUCCAAAUUAAAUUUUCCAAAGAUA